AUGCUAGUGACCGAUUUGGAAUAUGCUUUAGAUAAAAAAGUGGAGCAGGACCUUUGGAAUCAUGCCUUUAAAAAUCAGAUCACGACGCUACAGGGUCAAGCGAAAAAUAGAGCAAAUCCAAAUCGGAGCGAAGUUCAGGCGAACCUCUCUCUGUUCUUAGAGGCAGCUAGUGGCUUCUACACACAGUUAUUACAGGAAUUGUGCACAGUUUUUAAUGUAGACUUGCCAUGUCGUGUAAAGUCUUCCCAGCUGGGAAUCAUUAGCAAUAAACAGACGCACACCAGCGCCAUAGUGAAGCCGCAAUCUAGCUCCUGCUCUUACAUCUGCCAGCACUGCCUUGUCCACCUUGGAGAUAUUGCUCGCUAUAGGAAUCAGACCAGCCAGGCAGAGUCUUACUACAGACAUGCAGCUCAGCUUGUCCCUUCUAAUGGUCAGCCUUAUAAUCAGUUGGCUAUUCUAGCUUCCUCCAAAGGAGACCACUUGACCACAAUUUUCUACUACUGCAGAAGCAUUGCUGUGAAGUUUCCUUUCCCAGCUGCCUCCACUAACCUACAAAAAGCACUUUCUAAAGCACUGGAAAGUCGUGAUGAGGUGAAGACUCGAUGGAGCGUGUCUGACUUCAUCAAGGCAUUUAUUAAAUUCCAUGGCCACGUGUACCUGAGCAAGAGCUUGGAGAAACUGAGCCCUCUUCGAGAAAAGCUGGAAGAACAGUUCAAGAGGUUGUUAUUCCAAAAGGCCUUCAAUUCUCAGCAGUUAGUACAUAUUACUGUUAUCAAUCUGUUUCAACUACAUCACCUGCGAGAUUUCAGCAAUGAAACGGAGCAGCAUAGCUACAGCCAGGAUGAGCAGCUCUGCUGGACACAGUUACUGGCUCUCUUCAUGUCCUUUCUUGGAGUUCUGUGCAAGUGUCCUUUACAAAAUGACUACCAGGAGGACUCUGGGGCUGCAUAUCCUCUUCCAGCUGUGAAGGUUUCAAUGGACUGGCUGAAACUUAGGCCCAGUGUUUUCCAGGAGGCAGUGGUUGAUGAAAGACGGUACAUAUGGCCCUGGCUGAUUUCUCUUCUAAACAGCUUCCAGCCUCAUGAAGAAGAUCUAUCCAAUAAUAAUGCAACCCCCCUUCCAGAAGAAUUUGAGUUGCAAGGAUUCUUGGCUCUGAGGCCAUCGUUCAGGAACUUGGAUUUUUCCAAAGGCCACCAGGCAAUUACAGGAGAUAAGGAAGGGCAACAACGUCGGAUACGGCAACAGCGUCUGAUAUUCACAGGCAAAUGGAUUGCUGAUAACCAGCCGAGGUUGAUUCAGUGUGAAAAUGAGGUAGGAAAGCUGUUGUUUUUGACGGAAAUCCCAGAAUUAUUACUAGAGGACCCUAGUGAAGCCAAAGAGAGUCUCGCCUUGCAGGAAACAUCUAUUGCAGAGCCACUAUCUACAGAUGGGAGCCCUGGACUCAAAUCAGUUCUGUCCUCUGGCAGAAGUCUGAGCAACAACUGUGAUGCAGGAGAAAAACCAAUGGUCACGUUCAAAGAGAACAUCAAGCCACGGGAAAUCAACAGAGAGCAAGGGCGAAUCUAUCCCCCUAAAGAUGUAAGACGGGACUAUAGGAAAGGAAUAGUAGCCAAUAAGAAUGAUGGAAAGAAGGAUAACAAUAAAAGAAAGAAUGAGACCAAGAAAUGCAGCUUGGAUAAGAUGCAGGAAGCAGGAAAGCAGAACGUGGCAGUUCAGGUGAAAUCCCAGAUGGAGAUGAGGAAGACUCCGGUGUCUGAAGCCAGGAAAACACCUGUAACUCAGACUCCAAGUCAGGCCAGCAGUUCUCAGUUCAUCCCCAUUCAUCACCCAGGAGCCUUCCCUCCCCUUCCUAGCCGACCAGGGUUUCCACCUCCAACCUACGUUGUCCCCCCUCCUGUGGCUUUCUCCAUGAGCACGGGGUACACCUUCCCAGGUGGUGUUUCUGUCCCAGGAACCUUCCUCCAGCCCACAGCUCACUCGCCUGCAGGAAACCAGGUGCAAGGUGGGAAACAGUCCCACAUUCCUUACAGCCAGCAACGGCCCUCUGGACCAGGGCCAAUGACCCAGGGACCUCAGCAAACACCACCUCCUUCCCAGCAACCCCUCUCAUCUUUACCAGCUCAGGCAACAGCACAGUCCGCAAGCCAGUUACAGGUCCAAGCUCUGGCCCAGCAGCAGCAGCAACAGUCCCCUACGAAAACUGUGCAGGGCCUGGGGAAGAGCCCGCCACACCACUCUGGAUUCCAGCAGUAUCCGCAGACAGACUCAUCAAAGCAGCUCUGGAACCCGCCUCAAGUCCAAGGCUCACUGGGGAAGAUCAUGCCUGUAAAGCCGUCCUAUUACCUGCAGGCCCAGGACCCUCUAAAAUUAUUUGAACAGUCAUUACAGCCUCCUGUGAUGCAACAGCAACCUCUGGAGAAAAAAAUGAAGCCUUUCCCAAUGGAGCCAUAUAACCAGAACCCCUCAGAAGUCAAGGUGCCAGAAUAUUACUGGGACUCUUCCUAUGGCAUGGCUGACAACAGGGUGAUGGCACAGCAGUCUAACAUGGACCGGAGGGGAAAACGGCAAGGAGUCUUCCGCCCAGAGCAGGAUGCUGUCUCCAGGAUGACCUUUGAGGACCCCAAGAGCUCCCCUCUGCUUCCUCCGGACCUGUUAAAGAGUCUGGCUGCCUUGGAGGAGGAGGAAGAGCUGAUUUUCUCUAAUCCUCCUGAUCUUUACCCAGCUCUGCUGGGGCCUCUCGCCUCUCUUCCUGGACGAAGCCUCUUUAAGUCCCUGCUGGAAAAACCAUCAGAAUUGAUGUCUCAGUCGUCGUCUUUCCUGUCCCUCGGUGGCUUUUCUCUUAAUCAGGAAAGAUAUCCAAAUAACAGCAUGUUCAAUGAGGUAUAUGGGAAGAACAUGAAUACCAGCACAAAAACAGAAGUCACCCCUUCAGUUGCCCAUCAGGAGACUUCACUAUAUUCUCUCUUUGAAGGGACUCCGUGGUCUCCAUCCCUUCCAGCCAGCUCAGAUCAUUCGACACCAGCCAGCCAGUCUCCUCACUCCUCCAACCCCAGCAGCUUGCCAAGCUCCCCUCCAACCCAUAACCACAAUUCUGUUCCUUUCUCCAACUUCGGACCCAUUGGGACUCCAGACAACAGAGACAGGAGAGUCGCAGACCGCUGGAAAACAGAUAAGCCAGCAAUGGGAGGGUUUGGUCUGGACUAUCUCCCAGCAACAUCGUCGUCUUCGGAGAGCAGCUGGCACCAGUCCAGCGCUCCCAGUGGCACCUGGGCAGCCCAAGGCCCUCCCACGAUGGAGGACUCCUCAGCUGUGCUUAUGGAGAGCCUGAAGUCCAUCUGGUCCAGUUCCAUGAUGCACCCUGGACCCUCAGCCCUGGAGCAGCUGUUAAUGCAGCAGAAGCAGAAGCAGCAACGCGGACAAGGCACCAUGAACCCACCUCACUGAGACAGAGGUGGCAACCCUUGCAAACGAAGGCUCCAUAAACCAUGGCAUGUUGGGUUUGCAGGACUGGCCCACACAGUCCUGUGCAGGUGGCAGCCCUCUCUUCUGUUCCUUGCUGUCAGGAGGGCGUAAGUGCUCCACCAAACCACUGAGUGUGCACAAAACGUCUGCAGUGCAAGAAAACAACAUCAGGAACUCUCCCUUCCCUGGGCCCUCUGGAGGGAGAGAGGAACUG